UUCGUUGGAGAAGUAACUCGCCACAGCUUGUUGUCGAUAAAACCAGUGGAGAAAACAGUGUCUACCGUCACUAAAAUCCUACAAAAGUCCCGAAAAUUCCUCCCCAUAAAUUGCCCUGAUCAAAAAUUAAUAAUCAAAUACAUUGUUAAAUGAGGAAUAGAGAGCUAAUAGAGGGAUAAUUUCUAGCAAAAGGCCAUCUGGCUGGACCUAAUCCCCCGCCACUGGGAAAAAUCUCCUUUUUGUGAUGCUGAGUGUUGCAGAGGAUCACUUGUUAUCAGUGAUACUCUUUUCCCUGUAGAUCGAAAGAUAAUGGCGUGUCCGUUAGAAUAUUGAUCGUUUCUACGGUAUGAUUUACCGAAAGGACUAAAAAAAGUGGUGAGACAGUGCCCUGGUGACGAGGUAUCCGGGUCACAGGAGUUAUGCGUUCGAUAUCCACUGGAGGAAUUACGUUGAAUUACCGUGAUCUUGUGAUAAAUUACAUUGUGGAUAGCCUUGAUAUAAUCACAAGGUCUCGCAUAAAAGCCGGUGAAUAACACUCAACAGCUGAAAAAUAAUAAAAGACGCUGCUAUAUCCUCGCGAAUUUUCUAUUUUUUUUUUUAUAUCCCAUAACUUUUCUCUACUGUCAAAAUUAUUAGUAAAACGAAACAAGUCAGCUGAUUGUCAGCGUCAAAUCAAGUUGAGAUGAGAGAAAUUCGUUGCUAAAUUAAGCUCCAAUUCGUCUUAUAUCUUCUCGCCUCUGCGGUUCUUCCGUGUAGUAUUAAAACAAUUCACUAACCUUGAUAAACUUCUAUUAAUAAUUCAUCUCAAGAUUCAAUGGAUAAACUUUAAAACGGAUAAACGCGACAAAUCUGAUCAGUGCGUUAUCAGAAGUAGCAUCCAGGAGAUAAAUUCCUGGCGAAAAACAUUGAUGAAAAUAGUGCUUAUCGUACGAAUAGACAGUUGAACGAGGAACAAAAAAAAACAUAAAAAAAACACUAAUAAAGAGUGGCAAACAUGUCUCGAUAAGAUUGAGUUGACAUCAGGUUGAGGAGCAGCGUCUCGAUGGUCAUCACUGAGGGACUAGAUAUAAUGCAGUGUGAGAGGUUUAGGGGUCCAAUGAGCCACUGGCUGUGAAGUAAUCUCCUAGAAGUUGGAGGAACGUGGGGAACGGAUGAUGCCUCCUUAAGUAUCGAACUCUAGUUUUCUUUUUUUUUUCUUUUGUUUGGCCGAUGGAGGUGAGUUUUUGAGUGGGAAAGGGGCCCGAAUGGUGUCAUGCCCCCGGGGGCCAAGGGUGGGGCAGAGGGCCUUGAUCCCUCGUGUUCAGAGUUGCAUGUGAGCGAGGAGAUAUCUCCAGCCAACAUAGCACCCCCUCUGAACCUCCUGCAGAGAUGCUACAGACACAUGAAGAGCUCGGGCAUUGGAGAGGCGAGUGUUUACCACGCACUGGUUGUGAUAUUCCUGGAGUUUUUUGCGUGGGGACUCCUGACAAUGCCAAUAAUAUCGGUCUUGAACGAGACGUUUCCCGAUCACACGUUUCUCAUGAAUGGACUGAUCAUGGGAAUCAAGGGGAUACUAUCGUUCCUGUCUGCACCGUUGAUCGGUGCACUCUCCGACGUAUGGGGAAGAAAAUUUUUCUUACUCAUAACUGUUGCAUUUACAUGUGCACCAAUACCACUUAUGAGUAUUAAUACUUGGUGGUUUUUUGCUAUGAUAUCAAUAAGUGGAGUUUUUGCCUGCACUUUCUCCGUUGUUUUCGCAUAUGUUGCUGAUGUGACUGAGGAGAGUCAACGAUCGUUGGCUUAUGGAUUGGUUUCAGCAACAUUUGCUGCUAGUAUGGUGAUAAGUCCAGCUCUGGGUGCUUGGACAAUGACAACAUACGGUGAAAAUUUAGCAGUGGCCCUAGCGACAGCAAUAGCCAUACUCGACGUAUUCUUCAUUCUCGUUGCAGUACCAGAGAGUUUACCAGAAAAGGCACGACCUCCCGUUCCUAUUUCCUGGGAGCAAGCUGAUCCAUUUGCCGCCUUAGGAAAGGUGGGGAAGGACCACACAAUUCUGAUGCUGUGCGUCACUGUUUUUCUGAGUUAUCUACCCGAGGCUGGACAGUACAGCUGCAUAUUCGUGUAUCUUAAGCUCGCUAUGGGUUUCUCAGCAGCAAUGGUCGCGGUGUUUAUUGCUGUUGUUGGUAUUCUCAGUGUUGGGGCCCAGAUUCUACUCGGACCACUCAUGAGAACACUCGGGAGUAAGCACACCAUCAUGCUUGGCCUCCUGUUCGAAAUGCUGCAGUUGAUGUGGUACGGUUUUGGAUCGCAAACUUGGAUGAUGUGGGCAGCUGGAGUACUAGCAUCAGUAUCAAGCAUAACGUAUCCAGCGAUAUCAGCCUUCGUGUCAAUGCACUCGGAUGCUGACAAACAGGGUCUCGUCCAGGGAAUGGUGACUGGUAUGAGGGGCCUCUGCAACGGCCUUGGACCAGCCAUGUUUGGUGUUAUAUUCUAUUUGUUCCACGUCGAUCUCAAUGACGAUACACCAUCACUACCUCUCAAACCAUCAUUACUUGAUGAUAGUAAUAGAACUGGCACUGCAACGCAGCACGUGGAUAUUAUUCCCCAGAUAAAUCAUCAUUUUGAUAUGAUGAUGAAAUUUCAGCUGGUGCCAGGACCCCCCUUCGUGUUCGGCGCAUUAUUGGUGAUAUGCGCUCUACUCGUUGCUGCUUUUAUACCAGAGUCAAGUCCAACAACAACAGGCCCCUUGCAUCACCAUUCUUCCACAUCGCGGAGGCCAUCCGGUAAAUACGCAUAUCAGAAAUGUUUAUCUCUGGAUGUUCAUUACGAGCCGGAGAGGCUCGGCAGUGGCCGCAUCAAGGUUGGUCCACUAUCGCCCCUAGUCGACAAUUGUAAUUCAGCCGCCCUCUAGCUGUUAUUAACCCGUAAAAACAUCAUGAUCCACCGAGAUGAGACCUAUCCUGCCAACAGGUCGAGGCCACAUGCCUCUGGCUAAAAAUGCCAGCCAAAAGAAACGACACGUGCGCACGUUAUACGUGAACCGAUUUUUUAGUCUAGCGCUUCAAACCGUCAAUGAAAAUGACAUUUUGUGAAAUUUUUUUUCCCAAAGAAAUCGAUAAACCCCACAUUUGGGAAAUUGCGGAUAAUAAAUUGUUGGUGAGUCGGCUCUAGGUGCUACGUAAUUAGCUUCUCGCCGAGUGCACAAAAUAAUUUUAACUACAGGUUUUCAAGAGCGGCCGUAGCCAGUGGACGAUCAGAGAGUCACAAACAGUAUUUUCACUAGAUUAAAAAAUCAAAUUGUAAAAAAUGUUUUUUCAAUCAACUGAGUCGAGUGAGCUUUCGGUGUCGCAUCAUCUCAGCACUUGGUUACAUUCAAUAUCAAUAAAACAUCUGUGAUUUGAACGUUUCAUUUCUCAUAAUUUUACAAUUUUUGUGAAAUAAACGCAAUUUUUAUAUUUUUUAUUCUCGACCAUCACUAAAUCACAGGAUCAAUACGAGAUUAAUUUUUCUCUCGGUGUUUCAUCAUUUUUUUUUCUCCAUUUUUUUUGUUCAACUCGCAGUAGCCAAGUGGUAAAACUUUUGUCAAAUUUCCUCAUAUCAGUAAUUAUGAAAUUAUUACGGUAAUUUCAUCAUUAUGACAUUGUUGAAAUGGACUUAUUGGGGAGAAAACAAAUUUAAUACAGUCGUUAACGUGAAAAUAAAUAAUUUCUACAAUCAAAACAAUUAUAUCUCUCUACAAUGAACUGCGAGAGCAACGACAAAAAAAAAUAAUAUCAAUCAUUUAUUAUUUUUGUACCAUAUAUUACAUUCCUAGCAACAAAGACCUAAACAAUUAUCUCUGAUUAGUCUAUCCUUUUCUUCUCGUGCAGUGACGAAGCGAGAAACGCGAAAGUUCCCCAAGCCAAAGAUCGAUUAAGUUUACUAGAAGGCAAUGAAAAGUGAAAAAAAAUAUGUUUGGGACAUUUGUACUGACAAAAGAAUUUCAGAAGUGCAUUAAACCUAAAGACAACAAUUUAAAUAUCCCCUGGCACGCUCGAGGAGCUCUCCUGCUGGCUAAAACUUGCGUCAAUUGCUUAAACCUGUUUCCUGUGAAUUUCAGA